AUGGUGGGAAGCGUGACUGCAAGUUUUUCAGACUUGGUGGCCGUGGGUAUCAAAGUGGAACUUGGCUUAAAAAAUGGCAAGAUGAUUAUUGCAGCUAGUAAUUCCAUCAAUAACAACAAUACCAAGAAAUUCUCUAGCAACUUCCAUAAGAAAAAGGAAGGAGAAACAAAUGCAGUGAUGGGUAGUAGAAGAAAGAAUCAGCCUUGGAAAAAACAACAAUAUUUUGCUCAACAACAUUAUGUUCAACAACCACAAUUUUCUCAACAACUGUAUGUAGCAGCUAUUACACCAACUUUCAAUCAGCAAGUCCCAGUGCAUCAGUCGACUCAAGCAGUUCCGAUCUUUCAAACAACACCAUACGUUCCAACUUAUCAACAAGCGCCCAACGCUUCAGCUUAUCAACAAAGGACUCCAGCUCCGCGCCAAAAUGCUCCAUUCCAAAAUAGAAGACAAGGUGGAAAACCUCAGAUUCCUCAGAUUCCUAUGUCUUACACUGAAUUAUAUCCGUCAUUGUUGAAGAAAGGGUUAGUUGUUCUGAAACCUUCGGGACCUCCACCAAAUCCUCUCCCACCAUAUUACAAUCCCAAUGUGCAUUGUCUGUUCCAUGAAGGUGCCCCAGGGCAUGAUUUGGAAGGUUGUUAUGCCUUAAAACAUAUUGUGAGGGAAUUGAUUGAGAAAAAGAUUCUUUCACUUGGGGAUACUAGUCCAAAUGUCAAAAACAAUCCUUUGCCUGCUCAUGGGUCUGUAAAUGCUAUUGAUGAUGAGCCUGAUGAAGGUCUGAUUCUUGAUGCAACCAAAAUCAAGACUCCACUCAGAUAUUUUCAUGCAAAGUUAGUGGAGGCAGGUUUAUUGAAAAAUUGCCAUAAGAGUUGUGAAGAAUGUACUAUUGGUCCUAAAGGAUGUGAAAUGGUCCGAAAGGAUAUUCAAGAAUUGAUUAACCAAGGUGUGUUGCAAGUAAGCGGUCGUAUGAAAAAGAAUGAGGUGCCAGUGAUUGAACCCAUCUUCAAUCUGCCUGAGUUAAGUACUACAACACCAAUCUUCAACAUUCCAGAGCCAAUAUUCAACAUUCUAGAUUCUACUUUUGUUCAACCAAUUUUCAACAUUCCAGAAUCAGUUGAACCAAUCUUCAAUAUGCCUAAUCCAGUGGUUGUCCAAAGGCCUAGCUCUUUUCCUUUUGAGAAUACUAAAGCAGUUCCUUGGAAGUAUGAUACAGCUGUGGUUAACCAAAGGUCUGAGAAAGUAGGUCAGAAAGAAGGUCUGAAUAUUGCAAGCACUGGUAUAGUAGUGGGAAGUAGAAUGACUCGUAGUGGUCGCAUUUAUACCCCUCAGUUCAACUUGGCUCCACCAAUUCCACCAAAAGAAACCACCACUACUGUUACCGACAAAGGCAAAGAGGUGAUCACAACUGAUGAAGACGCUGAAUUUCUGAGGAUUAUCAAGAAGAGUGAUUGCAAGAUUAUUGAUCAGCUGCAUCAAACUCCUUCAAAGAUAUCCAUUUUGUCUCUUCUCAUGAGUUCUCCAGCUCAUAGGAGUGCCUUGCAGAAAUUGUUAGCUCAGGCUCAUGUCACUCAUGACAUUACUAUUGAUUAA